UUGUCAAACACGCCCAUGUAACAGAAACGAAAGUUCAGUGCACGAUUUCGCUUACUUGGAAACGGAUAACCGACCACGGGUUUCCAAUAGUGUUGUCCUGACUGUGCUUUUGGUAAUUUACAUAUAGGCUACUGUAAUAGCUACACAUGCAGCCGAAUACUGCUGAAUUCUCUUGUCAACAAUGCGAGUCAUGUGUGCAUGAGGAGAAGCCUACGCAGUGAGAAGAGUCUUUGACGAGAAAUGAAGUGCGUGGGUUGCGGCCAUGUCUCUGCGGAGAGGAACCCCAAGUUUUGCAGCGAGUGUGGAGCACGGUUUCCCUCUCAAGUCAUAGCAGAUGACAACCCAAAGUCUUUGACAGCUGGCAAUGAGGGACCCCCUCUGCUGAUUGGCGAUGAGUCGUCUUUGGAUGGACCCCAGUCACCCACAUCACCCACAUCACCCAAACGGCCUCUCGAAGAGCCCAACAACAACUCCAAAGCUAAGAAGAAACCCCGCAAGCGUCGGAAGAAGAAGAAGCAUGAGGGCCGAGACUCUCUGCAGUCCAUCACCUCUGACCUGUCGGACACCUCCCUGGGCGAGCGGGAGGCGCGGCAGGACCGGGGGGGAGGAGACGCGGACGCGGCGGAGGCGGACAAAUCCGCCUCGGACAGCGAGAGUUCCGCCAGCGCCAUGGACGAGUCGGCCGACCCGGUGGCCAGUCCCCUCGACAACCCGACGCCGCUGUCACCGGUCAUCGAGACGCAGGAGCCGCUGGGGUCCCCACCAGUUUCCCCUGCCAAGACACCAGCACCACUACCAGCCCACGCUUUGGUAAAUACCACACCACCACCACCUCCGCGAGCCCAUGCUGUGACCACUACCCAGUCUCCACCCGGCAUGGCUUUGGCAAAUACCCAGUCUCCACCCGGCAAGGGUUCAGCCAUCCAGUCUCCAUCAACCAACUCUUCAGCCACUCCCCAGUCUCCACCAGUAAGAUAUGAGCAGCAGCAGCAGGAGAAGAAGGCCUCGGAUGAAAGCGUCCCUGAUAAUGACACCACCACCAUGCAGCACUGUGGCACAGAGGAGGCACCAGGACGGGAGAGGCCUGAGCAUGAGCAGCUGAGAGGCGAGGGAGAGGUAGGGCCUGAGACGUCCCCAUCGGAUAGGAGUACGAGUGCAGCGUGGCCUGUCCAGACCCAGACCGCAGGGCCGACCUCUGCUGGACCCCAAGACUCCAGUAGUAACCCUGAUUCUGGGGUUCAAGAUACCAAUAGUAAGCCCAUUUCUGAGCCAGAAGGGCUCACCAGGCAACCCAUUUCUAGGGUCCAAGACCCCAAUCCUGAAGACCUCAGCAGGCAGUCCAGUUCUGGGCAGUCUCCGUCUGAGGGGAAGCUCACCGCUGCUGACCAGACGCAGGCCAAAGGGUCCGAUGGCAACAGGCGCAGCAGCCAGAAGUCCAAGAAGAAUAAGGAGGCCGCUAACACACCAACACCUCAACCGCCUCAAGACAGCAGUGCCAACGCUGAUAAGAGCUCACAUGAGGGACAGACACCAGUCAAGAAGGGCAAAGGGAGUCAAUCACAGACACCAGGAAGUACAGGGACUGUCUCUAGCUCUAAACCACAGACAAGAAGCCAAGGGAAGAAAGCGGAGGAUCACCCACUGAAAACUGAGGAGCCGAGGACAGAUGCCCAGACGCCGGGAAAUAAGAACGCAAACAAGAAACAAACCACUACACAGACCAAAGGAAGCCAGCAGAAGGUGUUUGGUCCUCAGUCGUCUAAGGAUGUGAGUGAGGGGUCGAGUGUGGACGCGCGGACGGGGCCUGGUCUAGUGGAGCACAGUGAGGUCCAGCAGAGAUCGACUGCCCAGUCUGAGGAUGAGGCAGACAGGGAGUCUGAUGACGACAGUGGCCAAGGAACCUCCAAACCUCCCAAAACCAGCCCGCCUCCUGCCAGGAUCCCUACACGCGGUCAGCAGAUUGCUGCAACAGAGAGGGUGACCAUCUACUUCCAUGCUGUCCUCUCCAAGGACUUCAAACUGACAGAGGACGACCGAGUCUUUCUCCGUGCAGGGGGAUGUUUAGGAGACUGGAAACAUGACAUAGCUGAGCUGACUGUGUCUCGUGACUUGGGUGAACAUGGCUACCUAAUUGAGGGGAAAAUACACGCCAAAAAGUCGGGCGUAACCUCAGUGUCCAUUCCGUACAAGUAUGUUGUGUACAAAAAGAAAAAGGACGAUUACGAAUUUGAAUACAUUUACAAAUUGGAUGCCCACAAAACCACCAACAGAUGCUUGUUCAUCAUAGCGCAUCUCCUCAAUGAAGAAGGAGAGUGGCAUCAGUAUGAUGACAUUGUCUGUGCGCCGCCGUCUAAAAAUCUUCUCAAACGAAUAACUAGCAUGCUGUGGUCUGAGAAGAGGGACGAUCUGAUUAAGGGCAGAAACAUUGCUGGCAGGAUAAUGUUGCAGAGCAUAUUCGACCUGCUCAGCAGCUGGAGUGAGGUCAACCUCAAGAGUUUCCUCACCCAGCUCAAGCAGUUCCACCAGAUCUACGCAAACCCUUUUGUGUUUGAAGAAAAACAAGAAAAGUGGAUCUCCUUAAGAUAUGAUGAAACUGAUGUGAAUAAGUUGGUGAAAGACUUCAUGCUGGACCAUGUGACUCCUGAGCUCCGCAAGGAGGAGGGAGGGACAAGAGCAUACAUCAAAGAACCCCUCUAUGCAGCGGUGAUAAUGCUGUAUGUGUGGAGGACCUUGCAUCUCCCGUUGAUACAUGCAGAGUUUGCUCGUCUCUGUGUUGCUCUCUGCCCGCCAGACCUCCCCAAAGACCAGUUCCUGCCCUACUGGGAGGAAUUCCAGCAGUCAUUCUCAUGUGUGAAAGGGAUGACGGAGAUGUUAGUGACCCUCAUAAGCAACGUCUACUCAAAGAGUAUGCACCAUUGGGUGCUGGUGCUGCCCCUCUUACACCUGGAACGGGGGUCGUGCAAACCUUUUGAGGCAGUCCCUUUCUCUGGCACCCCAAGAUAUGAGAUGGCAGCCUGGGCUGGACUGCAGGGGAUACGAUUUGGAAACAUUCCCCUUUCAAGCCAGGACAGAAGCACCAUACUGAACUCACUGAAGAAGCAUCCUCAUCUCCUGAAGAUUGAUCUGCUGCUUGCUCGCUCCGUCAUGAGCCAACUAACACUGGAGGACCUGACCGCAAACAGUGCCAUGCUCAAUCCUGAGCUGCUUGAUCUGUUGCACAUCUUCCACCAGAAAGUUCCCUCCUCAUUGAGCCACAUGAGUACAAAUGAUGUUUCUGAUGUAGUGACUCAUAUUCAGACUAGUCUUCUUGAGAACAAGUACAGUUGCUCAAGUGAUGCAUAUGGAACUGAAUGUUUGAACACCUCUGUGAAACUGCUGACAAAAAUCUGCAAAGGAGUCCACUACCAGUUUCAUGAGGUCCCUAUUGCCUGCAUGAGUCUUGUUGGGGCAGUGUCAGACUUCACCUUGUUGUGUAACAAACAGGAAUCGGAGGAUGGUCUAAGUCAACAGAAUGUGUCUCUACUGUCAGAUGCAAUGGAAGUACUCCGCACCUGGAUGGCCAAAACAUUCACCAAGAACCUGCUGCAUUCAUACCUCUCAUCAGUCACAUCAGCAUCUCUCAACUCAGUAGAGGCCGAGAUGUGGAACAAUAUCAUUUCUCGCAGCUUCAAGAGUGAGGACUUCACAACCAGAUGGAGAAAUACCUUCACCAGAGAUUUUGAAGGCAAAUUUCAAAGGGAGGAUCGUUUAGAUCAGGUGGAUGUGUACUGUUCAAAGAUGGAAGACCUCAGUAACUCUCUGCCACACAUUGCCAGGAGUAUAGAAACAUGUGCCCUCAAGGCCGUCACUGCUCUUUGCCAGGCAAAAUCCGAAGGCGAUGUUUUCCAAAGGGUGCGCAACUUCACUUGGAACAGGAAGUUUGGGAACCUUCUGUCCACAAUGAUUCUGCAAUCCUGGCCGAAGGACAAAGAUGGAGUUUUCCAGGAUGACCAAGAACUCGUCAUUCGGCAUCUCUUGGACUGGAACGCUGCCAAAAACAUUUUCCAGCUGCAAGAUACAGAGCAGAAGUUCAUUGAGCUUCUCUCAGACGAGGCCAAGUUGAGGAUCAGCGUGGCCAUAUCGGCGUUCACGUACAUCACUGAGCAGCUGAUCAAAGGAAGCAUCCAGAUCAGGCUCCUGAGAUACGUGCUGGAGAGGAAGGACACCUUCACCACGCUGCUCAACAUGGAGUGCCUGUGUGAGGACCAGCGGCUCCAUGACGGCAGCGCUAUGAGGACGCUGCUGCAGCAGAGAGAAGAGGAGGUGAAGGCCGUGCAGCACGACAAAACACUCCUGGACGGCUUCCUCAACAUGUGCCACAAGCUGCAGGAACACUUAAAAGUCGAUGUCAAGAGGCUGGAAGGCAAAAACCAGGUCGACAUCGAAACGAUGGACCUGGAUGAGUUCAUGCCGGUGCAUGUCUUCGGCCAACUCUCCACCACCCAAACGGUGACGUUCUUUGAGCUGGAUGAAAACAUGAGAGACAUGGCCGAGGUUUUGCACACUUUCCGAGACAGCUACAUCUUCAAGCUUUGCUGGAACUCCCAGGCCCUCGAAUAUGCCACACUAGAUGACACCAGCGACGAGUCGGAUCGCGAAGACGAUCUAGAUGAAGCAGACAUGGCACCAGUCACCCCUGACAUCAUACACGACGAGAUCUUCCAGCCCUGCUUCAGCAGGUACCAACAAAUUUACGCCCAACUGAAGAACGGCAGGUUCCGCCUGGAGCAAGUGGACGAGGUCUUAAAGGACUUCAAGGGUAAAUACCCUGAACUGUCCGCUGACCUGGCCAUCAUGUGCCGCAUUGACCCGGCAGAUGGCCGGCACUGGAUCAAGAGGAAGGUGCAGCAGAUUGAGCAGUACCACGAGCUGCACCUGGCUGUGGAGUCCGCACAGGUGGUGCACAUGGUCAAGGAGACACUCUGUCUCCAAGGGGACUUUGAUGUUUUGGAUUUGCUCCUCCAAGUUACAAACAUCGACUUUAAGAAGGAGAGCCUGGACCGCAUUGACAAUGACAUGAUGCAAGCAAAGACCGUCCUAGUGGACAUCACAGAGACACGCAGGGUGUGUCUUCAGGAACUUGGACUCAGAAAGAACUUUGUCAUGUGGGUGAAAGAGGCUCUUGAAGACAUCAACGAGCUCAAAGUGUUUGUCGAUCUUGCCUCCAUAUCUGCUGGUGAGAAUGACCUGGAUGUGGACCGGGUGGCGUGCUUUCAUGACGCCGUCCUUGGUUAUGCUCCGAUGUUAUAUGAGUUGAAGCCUCAUUCAGGAUUCCAGGCCUUCAAAGAGACGCUGAAGAAGCUAUGGAAGGCUCUGGACAAUGAUGCCAACCUCCCUAAGAAGCUGCGUGAUACUGCAAGGCACCUGGAGUGGCUUAAGACUGUGAAGGACAGCCAUGGGUCAGUAGAGCUGUCCUCCCUCUCUCUCGCCUCCGCCAUCAACAAGAAGGGAAUCUACAUCAUCAGUGCUCAAGGACAAAAGAAGCUCACUCUGGACACUGUGAUUCGACUGCAAAUACCUGAGGAGCAUGAGGAAGGUCAAGAGCUGCGAAACUACUCACUUGAGGACCUGCGAGAGCUUCAAAACAAACUCAUGCUGAUGUCUGGGAAAGGAGACCAGGGCCAGUGCGAAGUUGAUCAGUUUGCUGAGGUAUUUGCCAAUGUGCAGAGGUUGGCCGUAGCAUUCAUAGAUCUGUUCAUUGCUGGUAGUCCGUUGUUUCGGCACUGGGAGGCCAACAUCAACCUCAAAGCCGAGCAGGCCGCUAUCAUCAUGGACUUUGGCUUAGGAAGUGCCAUCAAUAUGAUCAUCAUUGAGGGAAGUCCUGCCGAGCAGCUACCAGACCUGUGCAAAAAAAUGGAGACCUGCCUCAGCUUUUGGAACAACUUCAUGGACAAUCAGCGAUCGUGCCACUACUAUCUCAACUACUUCACUGCCGAGCAGAUUGUGUACCUGUCCAGCAAGCUGACUCAGAAGAGCAUCAGUAAACCUGACUCCCAGGCCCUCAUGAUGCUGUCAUUCAUUAAACAGGAUUGCAACUCUAUGGACCUCCGAGAGGCCUGGCACUCCAUGCAGUACUUCCUUCUGAAGGAACCCCCUGAGAAGAGCAAGGACCUGGAGUUUCAGACGUUCAUCGAGGGUUCCCAUACUCAAAAAAUGGAAACGGCUGCUCAAGCAAUGGACACAGAAUUACAGGCUGGGACUGAUGGCGGAGUUGAUGGCCUUUACAGCAAGAUACAGACGGUUCCGGGUCCAGGCAAGCUUGACCUGAUCUGGAACGCCUACAUGAGAGACAUGAACGCAUUUCUCCCUGAUUCUCUUGAUGUCGGGUGUCUGGGAAAGCUGCUCGAAAUCUUGACCAACCAGGUCGAUGAGGUUGACAGCGAAAACGAAGGUCUGGUGAGUUGGAAGACAAACGGAAUCGUUCAAAGGGAGUUGCCACAUGGGUUGGUUGGUGGGCGUCCAAAUCUGAUAGUCUGUCCCGCUGCCGAGAUUCUCAUGUCCUGCAUUUCUAUUUACAUGGCCAGCCGCUCGGAAUCCCUACCAACAUACGACGAGAUACUGCUUUGCGGCCCUGCGACACCAUAUGAGCAAGUCGAACUGUUCCUCAGGCGCUGUAUGAUGAGAAGAUACGACGACGGCACUCGCAAGAUCUACGUCAUGCUGUAUGUGGGCCAGCUCUCCUACGAAGUCAGCGUCAAGGUGGAGCAGUUCUUUCACAGGCAGAAGAUGCAGAGCCAGGAGGACUAUCGCCUAGUGCUGAUGUGUAGCUCUGAUCGUGAGGGCGCCUACAUACCCUCUGCCUUCAGCCAUUACCGGCUUCACAUAGUACCUCAGGAACCCCUUGCCAUGAUACAGGAGUAUUUGGCUUCUCAUUACAAAGUCUCUCCAGACCGAUGCAGUGCCUCCGCUGUAUUCAAAAGUGGACUGUUCGUGGGAGUGGUGACCUCAAAAAGGGCAGGUGUAGGGAAAUCAUUGUACAUACAGAGAAUGUAUGAGAAGCUGAAAAGUAUCACCAAAAAGCCAUCAAUGCUGAAGUGCAUCCGCUUGCUUGAGACCAGGGUGGAUGAAAAUGCAAUUCUCCAUGCAUUGCUGAACAGCAUGGAGAGAAAGGAGCUCACAAUAUUCCAUUUUGAUGUCACCACUUCAGUGCAGAAAGGAUUGAACGAGUUCCUUUUCAAGCUGCUGGUCUUGCGCUACUUGAUGGAUUCCAAGGGAAGGAUGUGGAAGUGCAGUAACAACCACCUGUACCUCAUUGAGCUUUUGCAACCUGAUAGAACCUUGCAAAGAAAAGGUCCAAGAUCUACUGCCUUCCUGGAUGUCUUCCCAAUGAUUUUCUGCCGCCCUCCAAAGGAAGUCCUUGAGUUGGAGGUGAAGAUUCAUGAUCAUCCCCAUGGGCCUCGUCCUGAAGAUCCUUUGAUGGAUGACAAGGAGUUCAGAAGUGUGAGCUUUCAACGUCCCUACCAGUACUUGACCCGCUUCCACAAUCGUGAGAGCCUGGACAACUUCAUGUACAACGGAGUAGAGGGAACCCACAUAGAAUGUCUGCAGAUGAUGUUCUUCUACUGUGGCAUCAUUGAUCCAUCUUGGGCCGAGCUGAGAAACUUUGCCUGGUUCUUGAAUCUGCAACUACAGGACUGCGAGACAUCAGUUUUCUGUGACGCCUCGUUCACUGGAGAUACCUUGCAAGGCUUCAAAAACUUUGUGGUGGACUUCAUGAUCUUGAUGGCCAAAGAUUUUGCCACUCCAUCUCUCAGCAUCUCUGACCAGAGUCCUGGAAGGUUCGGGAUGGACCUGGAAGGAGUGAACGAAGAAGACCUUGCUCCCUUUAGAAUCAGAAAGAGAUGGGAGUCAGAACCACACCCGUACAUUUUCUUCAACGACGAUCACAUAUCCAUGACAUUCAUCGGCUUUCAUCUCCAACCAAAUGCACAAAACGGUGUAGAUGCCGUCGAUCCUUCAUCAGGAAGAGUGAUCAAGAGUAACAUCAUGAGCACACAGCUGUAUGAGGGCCUGAAGUUGCAGCGAGUGCCAUUCAACAUUGAUUUUGAUCAGCUUCAAAGAGGGGAGAAAAUAGAGCGUCUCUGCAACGUUCUGGGGAUCCAAUGGCCCCUCGAUCCCGACGAAACGUACGAGUUGACGACUGACAACAUACUGAAGAUGCUGGCGAUCCACAUGCGCUUCCGGUGCGGCAUCCCCGUCAUUAUCAUGGGGGAGACUGGAUGUGGGAAAACCAGGCUGAUCAAAUUCCUCUGUGAACUGAGAAGGAGUGGCGUCAACACCGAAAACAUGAAGCUGGUCAAAGUCCACGGUGGCACAAACUCGGACAUGCUCUAUGAGAAAGUGAGGGAGGCAGAGACCAUUGCAUCUAUCAACAAGGAACACUACGGCUUUGACUCUGUCUUAUUUUUUGAUGAGGCUAACACAACUGAAGCCAUCAGCAGUAUCAAGGAAGUCUUGUGCGAUCACACUGUCAUGGGAGAAAAGCUCACUCCAAACACAGGCUUGCAAGUCAUUGCUGCCUGCAAUCCCUAUCGCAAACACACUGAUGUGAUGAUAAAGAGACUAGAGUCUGCUGGCUUGGGGUACAGGGUCAGAGCGGAUGAGACCGAGGAGAAACUGGGGACCAUACCUCUACGUCAGCUCGUGUACCGAGUACAAUCUCUGCCCCCCAGCAUGAUACCACUGGUCUGGGACUUUGGGCAGUUAAACGACCAGACUGAGAAAAUGUACAUCCAGCAGAUCGUUCAGAGAGUGGCUGAGAAGAACUCUAUUGACAUGAGAUACAUCAGUGUCAUAACUGACGUCAUGGCAUCGUCUCAGAAGUACAUGAGGUCCAGGAGGGAUGAGUGCAGUUUCGUGAGUCUCAGGGAUGUGGAGCGUUGCAUGCAGACAUUUGUGUGGUUUUACAAUCACCACUCAAUGCUUUUUGAUGAGCUGAGAAGUCUUGGCGCAAGUGAUAGACCUCAGAGGUUGGACCUUGAGAUUCGAGACCCAGUACUGUGGUCCUUAGUCAUGGCUAUCGGUGUGUGCUACCAUGCCUGCCUGGAGGACAAGGACAAGUACAGAAAAAAAAUCAGCGCUCAUUUCAGAGGCACUUACACUCACACAAAAAUCAGAGAUGAAAUUUCUCUCAUGCAAGAUCUGAUGCUCAGUGGAGUGCCCCUUGGCAACACAAUUGCGCGUAACAAGGCCCUGAAAGAAAAUGUCUUCAUGAUGGUGAUCUGCAUCGAGUUGAGGAUCCCUCUUUUCCUUGUGGGCAAACCUGGUAGCUCCAAGUCUCUGUCGAAAACACUGGUGGCGGACGCCAUGCAGGGCCAGGCGGCACACUCCGAGCUGUAUCGCCAGCUCAAGCAGAUCCACCUUGUGUCCUUCCAGUGUAGUCCUCACUCCACCCCUGACGGCAUUAUCAACACCUUCAAACAAUGUGCCCGCUUCCAGGAGGGCAAGAACCUCAAGGAAUACGUGUCUGUGGUGGUGCUGGAUGAGAUCGGAUUGGCCGAAGACUCUCCCAAGAUGCCUCUGAAGACCCUCCAUCCACUUCUGGAGGAAGGAUGUAUCGACGACCAACCCUUGCCUCACAAGAAGGUUGGUUUUAUCGGCAUAUCCAACUGGGCCUUGGACCCGGCCAAGAUGAACAGAGGAAUCUUUGUCUCGCGUGGUGAUCCUGAUGAGGGUGAGCUGAUUGAAAGUGCCAAGGGGAUUUGCUCAUCUGAUCCCAUUGUUCUUGAGACAGUAAGAGAAUUCUUUCAGCCUUUUGCGAGGGCUUACUUGAAAAUCUGUAAGCAACAGGGGAAAGGCUUUUUUGGGCUGCGUGACUACUACAGCUUGAUCAAGAUGGUCUUUGCCAUGGCCAAGGACUCGGAGCAGAAGCCCAGUGCCGAGAAGAUCGUAGAAGCAGUCCUGAGGAACUUCAGUGGUAGAGACGAUGUGUAUGCCGUCGAAGUCUUCACAAGCAGACUGCAGGUGCGACCAAACCUGGAAAGCAUUAGUGCCAUCAAGCUCGUUAGGCAAAACAUCACUGCCAUCGGACAGGAUGAGGAAUGCAGAUAUCUGCUUGUCUUGACCAAAAACUAUGCGGCUCUGCAGAUCAUCCAGCAGACAUUCUUCACCCAGGAGACUCAACCGGAGAUCAUAUUCGGCUCCAGCUUCCCCAAGGACCAGGAAUACACUCAGAUUUGCCGCAACAUAAAUCGAGUGAAGAUCUGCAUGGAGACGGGCAAGUCCAUCAUGCUGCUCAACUUGCACAACCUGUACGAGAGUCUCUACGAUGCUCUCAACCAGUACUACGUGUGCCUGGGCGGCCAGAAGUAUGUGGACUUGGGUCUGGGCACUCACCGAGUCAAGUGUAGGGUGCACAAAGACUUCCGGCUCAUUGUGAUUGAGGAGAAGGAGGUCGUCUAUGAGAAGUUUCCCAUUCCCCUCAUCAACCGGUUGGAGAAGCACUACCUCGACAUCAACACUGUCCUCAGAAGGGAGCAAAAGGAAAUUGUCAAGGACUUGGAUAGAUGGGUGAAGGCGUUCGUCGUUCCUGACAGCAGUCCAUCUUUGACCUUCCAGGUGCACAAAUAUCAGCUGCCUGAUGUUUUCAUUGGCUACCACUCCGAUACCUGUUCGUCUGUUAUCCUGCAAAUCACAGAGAAAUUAAAAGACAGGGGGACGACGGACGACCCUGAAACAGUGCUUCAGGAGGCCAAGCUAGUCUUGCUCAACUGUGCCACGCCAGAUGCCAUCGUGCGGCUGCACUGCACAAAGCUGUCCCGUCAGGAGAGCCAGAAGCUGGAGAGGGUGUACUUUGAGGAGCAGAAGCACAGCUGCUUCACAGACUUCAUCUUCUCGCACAUCCAGCAAGCUGUCAGAAGCUCUGCCGCCUUCACAGAGGUGACCACAUUUUCCAGACUCCUGACGGCCUCUGACCUGGGCCAACUGAAAGAGGUCGUGAGAUACGUUGAACUCCUCUCUCUGCAGCAGUUUGAUACAGAGUACUCCUUCCUGAAGAAGAUCAGGACUUUCUUGGACACGGCUCCGGGGCAAAAGAUCCUCAUCAUCCAGAUGGAUUUCGAUGAGGCCACACAAAGCUCAAACCUCAUUGCCUCAGCCAAGUAUUCAGCAGCGAAUGAAAUCAAUAAAACGAAACAGGAGCAAGAGGGAACUGUGUUUGUCUACUUCAUCACCAAACUGCCCAGGAUUGAAGGGGGGACCUCAUAUGUUGGAUUUCAUGGAGGGCCCUGGACUUCGGUCCACAUAGAUGACCUGCGGAGGUCCAGAGACAUGGCGGCGGACAUCAAGGCCCUGAGGAACAUCACCAUCAGCCAGCUGUUUGAGGAGAAGCAGCCGGAGCAGCAGCAGCAGCAGCAGCAGGAGCAGCAGAGAGAGGACACUGCUGAAGCUAUGGAGGUGGAGGAUAUGUACUCUGAAACCAACCAGGAGCCCAUGGAGCAGGAGGAGGCUACAGAGGUUGGUGGCUGGGCGUCCAUCUUGGACACGACGGCUCUGGUGCGCAGCUGUGUGCAGAGCGCAGUGGGCAUGCUCAGAGACGAGGUGGAGGGCGGGGUCAGGAGCACCAGGAGGGUGGAGCUUCUGCUCACGCUCAUGAGCAACCAGGAAGAGCUGCAAAGUGUGUUCCUGCGGAGCCUGAAGAGGCGUCUUCACCUGCUGCUGGUGGCUCGUGAUGAGGGCCAGGUGCUGUCUGCCGCCCGCUCCUGGGUCUUCAGAGAGGCAGCCAAUAUAGACGCACUGCAGGAGGGGGGCACCUUCAGACAUACCCUGUGGAAGCGUGUGCAGGCGGUGGUGGUUCCGUUUCUGGCCCAGCUGAUCUCGGUUCUGGAUCGUGACUGCAACCUCGAUCUCCUGCUGGACCCCCAGCUGCCAGAACCCCUCAAGGACCUCUGGAUCCACAUACUGCAGAACGACAAGCUACUGGAGGUCCCCUACACACGACUGGACAGUUCUGAGGCUAAGACCAUCCUGGUGCCGAGCUCCAUGGGUGCUGGGGGGGUUCUGGCCUGCAGCCUGCCCUUCAGCUGGAGGAUCAGGGACUACCUGGAGGAGCUCUGGGUGCACGCCCUGCAGAGAGAAGGCCACAGUGAUGAGCAGUUUGAGAGGAUCUACUGGAAGACUCCGCUGGGGCGGGAGAUCGACCAAUUGGGGCCUGAGGUCCAGCUAGAGAUUCUACAGCGCUACCUGCAGGACUUUGUUGCCAUGACAAUGAAGGUCACAUCAAAGGGAGAGUUGGAGCUGCUGUGUGCUGCUGUGCUGUGCUGUGUGAAUGAGCUGUAUGAGAGUCUGCGUGAGGAGGGGGAGACAGGGCAGCAGGCGUUGGCUCUGUCCUGGGUCCACUCGGGCUACCACCACUACUGCACACGCCUCCAGAACCUCUCCAGGAUGCUCUGCAUAGAACCACACAUCACACAUGCUCUACUGGACAACACACACAUACAACAAGGACAGGAGCUGGUGUUGGAUGUGUAUGCUGCGUUGGCGUGUGUGGAGUUCCUGGAGCCCUCUCUGGAGGCAGAGGAGCAGUGCUCUGAUUGGCUGAGGAGGGUCAAGCAGCUGCAGGUGCCAGUGGAGCUGGUGUGUGCUGAGGAGAGCAUCAGAAGCUACGGACAGAGAAGCAAGGCUAUGGUCACCAGAGUCCAGCAUGGUUGGAGCCGUAUCCUGUCUCUGUCUCUGUUUGUGGAGCACAUGCUGUUGGGCAUCCAGACAGUGGAUCCCAAACUCACCCCACUACUGGUGGAGCGCACCAAGCAACUCGCACAGGUGUUGAGUAGGAACCCUGACCUGAAGCAGCAGCAGCCGUUCGAGGCGGUCCUGGUGAUCCUGAAGGAGUGUAAAGACGGGGCUGUGGAGCGCAUAUUCAGGUUUGGUGUUCAGCUGUGUCCGGUGUGUAUGAGUGAUCCUCGGGAACCACUUGCUCUCCCCUGUGACCACAUCUACUGCCUGGCCUGCGCUCGCCAGUGGCUGGUGGUUGGCAACAUGUUCUGCCCCCUGUGCAUGCAGCCCGUACCAGACGACUACCAGCUGCAGCCAUCAGACAAGAUACAGGCCCUGAUCACCAAGAACUCCCACUUCAGGCAGCGGUGUAACGGCUUCUUCAUAGCACUGGUGUCCAGUGUGUGUUUCAGCCACGACGCCCCACCCAGCCAAGCAGUCAUACUGCACCUGUUAUCACUCCUUAUGGUGGACGCAGGCACACUGCCUACCAUCACACAGAACAAGCGCAUGACGAAGCUGACGAAGGCUCUGUCUCCGUUUGAUGACACUGUUGACAGGAACCCUGUGGUGCGCUCGGUGGUGCUCAAGCUCCUCCUCAAAUACAGUUUUGAGGAUGUGAAGGUGUAUCUGCAGCAGCACCUGUCGGCUGUGGAGCGCAGCAACCUCCUGGACGAGACAGACAAGUCAGAGCUCUACACACUCUACAUCAACUGCUUCGAGGACUCCAUGUUUGAGCGUAUGCAGUGGCGUUCGGCGCGUGAGCAGAGUGUGUGUCUUCAGGAGGAAGGUUCCUUCCUGCACGACUUCCUGCACGCGGGUCCAGCCGACACACACGCCGUCAGAGUGGACACCCUGCAGCAGCUCGCACGCGUCCGCCUAGCACUGGACACAGCUGCAGACAUCAUUUCCCACACAUACACACACACAGGAGGUCCAGAGGCGGCUGUGUGUGGAUCUGACUCCUUCCUGGGUGAGGUUCGGAGUCUGUGUGUCCUGAGUAAGAACGACUGGUACCGCGUCUACCUGAUCCGCAAGAUCCGCAGCCAGCAGGGGGCAGAGUUCAUACAGAUGCUACUGGGAGACCCCCAGCUACAGUGGAUGUUCCCAGACGAGGUCCUACAGAAGAGUCAGGAGGGCGGCCAGAUGGACCAGUUCCUGGUGUGUGAGGGGGGCUACAAGAGCAUCAGGGACGCCGUGGCCAAGGCCUUAAUCGAGGACAAGAUCGACAGGAUACAGAAGGCCUGUGAUGCCUGUAAGAGUCCUCCCCUGAAGAAGUGUGUGUAUGUGCUGUUGGCUCUCUUCAGAGAAGUCACCUGCCUCUACAGACGACACGACACACACACACAUCCUACGCAGCAGCAGGCCCAAGCUCUGGAGGGCUUCAUUGCCCAGUGUGGUGCCUUGGCCACCCCAGAGCAGAAGGCCUUUGCGGUGGGGCUGGUGAGGAACGACCUGGGGCCCCUCACGGUGCGCCCGGAGGCCUCUGGAGCGGAUCACACCAUCACAGAGCUGUGCAUACACCUGGCUGCAGUACUGCUGUGUGGCCAUGCGGGGGUGCUCUCGCCCCUGCAGAGGCUGGCACUGCGGCCCGCUGACAUGCAGGCGGCCUACCUCCCCACCAUGCCUGAUGACAUGCUGCAUGUAGCCCAGCAGGCCAUGGGCCAACUGCAGUGGUACUUCUGCCCCAAUGGCCAUCCGUGCACAGUAGGCGAGUGUGGCCAGCCUAUGCAGGUUAGUCGGUGUCCAGACUGCAACGUAGAGAUCGGAGGCAUGAACCACAUUCCCGUGGCAGGCUUCAUUGCUACUGGACAACAGGGUGACCGUACUAGGCGGGGACAUAUCCUUGGUGACCCGGGUCGUAGGGAUCAGCCCGACAUGCUGGAUUCCAAGAAUAUGAGCCCCGCCCCCUUUUCUAUGGUCCGCCUCCUCACACACGCUGCCAUGAUGCUAGGAGCCGCCAACAACGCACAGGCGCUGGCCGCUCUGCUGUCCCCUGCGGUGCCUGACUGUGGUGUGUUUGUGAGGGCCCAUCUGCACAUGGACCUCCUGCAGCUGACCAGAGCCCUGGGCAAAGGAGCCGACGACACCACCGCUACAGUACACAUGAUAAUACAGACUCUACUGGAGCCCCCACACACCGCCUGGCCUGCUAAUUACGAUGCUCAGCUGUCCUCUAAAGAGGCGCGUAACAACUGGGAAACCGGAGUGGCCACUACUAUCAUCAGUCCCCAACUCAAGUCCCUGGACAGGCGUCUUCAGGAGGUAGAGCGCCUGGUGCGUGAUGAUGAGCGUGUGAGUUGUAGUCCAGUCAUGCGUGUGAUGUUCGGGGACCCUCGGCUGUUCCUGCGUUCUCUCCCGCGGGGCUGCCCGCUGCACGGCCCGGCCGUCUGGAGCGUCAGGGAGAGACUCUCCCUCAACGCCCUCACACACAUCCUGGAGCAGCAGGAUGGCAAAGACACACUGCCACUACUCUGGAAGUUCCUGCAGAGGGAGCCAGAGCUGCGCUCGGUGAGGUACCUGCCCGACAUCCUGGUGCUGCAGAGAGACCUGGUCAAGAAGUUCCAGAACUCUCCGGACCUCACCACGGGAACCAUCCGGCAGUUCCUGGAGAGACAGAGAGCAGCUGCGUGGUACAAGAGACGGAUAGACAUCUUCUUGAAGACAUGGAACAAGCUUCGUCAAUCUCUGGCCAUCAACGGAGAGAUCCAGUUGGCGUCUGAGUACUGUGAGCGAGACCUGGACCUCGAGAGUGAGCUGCAGGUGCUGCUGCCUCGUAGACAGGGCCUGGGCCUCUGCUCCACAGCACUCGUCAGCUACCUCAUCGCCCUGCACAACGACAUGGUGUACACCACUGACAAACACACCGGAGAGGAGACCAGCUACACUGUGAGCCCGGCAGACCUGUGUGAGCUGCACGUGAUCCGCUAUGAUGUGGAGAGAGACGUGCUGCCCCUUGUGCUGUCCCACUGCCAAUACAGCGUGGAGAGAGGAGGUGGUGGAGGAGGAGGAGCAGGAGGUGCCCUGCCCGAUUACGAUCUACCCAAGAUACAGCAGCAGCUGCUGACGCGAUUCUUACAGGGGAAACCUCGCAUCACACUGAACGGAAUACCAACACUCGUCAACCGACAUGACAGGAACUAUGAGAACAUCUUCAGAGACGUCAAAGCCAAAGUCCCCCAGGAGCCGCUGCCCUCCCUGACGUUGUCGUCGGUGACGGGGGAGCUGGGGGGCUUCAGUGAGGUGUGUGAGGCGCUGGGGGCUGUGGAACUCUCACUUGGUUUCCUAGCAACCACCCCCGCCGACCCCCACACACAGCUGGGCACCUACCUACAGGAUACACUGCAGAUGGGAGAUCACCUGCCCACACACAUACUCAAGGCUCUGAGCAGGUGUAGUUUGAAGCACGCUGUGGCACUCUGGCAGCUCCUCUCCUCACUCAAGUCAGAGAGCAUGCUGCGCCUCAAGAGGGACCCAUUUGUGGGCGUUUCUGAUGAUUACAAGCUGCCAUUGGACGAGGAGGCACGGAGGCAGCUGAUUGGCUACCUGGCGAAGGGCGGGGCCGGGAGCUUUGUCCUGGAGAUGCACGAGUUCCUGCAGCUGAAACUGAAGGGCCUGUCAGACAAAGACCUCUUCAGGCCAGACUGGGGUCUGAGGGACACGGUGGUGUCCUAUAUGGAGCGUAAGGACCUGGACGCGUCCCCAGAGGUGGAGCAGUGGUUCCCAGAGGCCAUCCUGCUGGCACACAGCGUGGACACAUGGAGGGUGUGUGUCGAGUACCAGCAGGAGCGCAGCAAAUGAAGAGGGGGCCGUGUGUGUGUGUGUGCGUGUGCGUGUGCGUUUGUGCGUGUGGCCCUCCUGCUGGGCUACAGAGUGGAGUACAAAAAGAACAAAGCCACAAAAAGAAACAAACACUCCACCGAUACUGCCUCCCGUCAGCGUAACGCAAAGGAGUGUGUGUGUGUGUGUGUGUGUGUGUGUGUGUGUGUGUGUCUGACUGAGUCUGAGCAAGUGUGUGUUUAAAUGUCUGUGUGUGCACAUGGAUGUACAGUAUGUGUGUGAAUGAGUGAGUGUGCGUGUAUUCGAGUGCAUGUUGUAUACUGUGUUUACAAAGAUUACAAUCACUUUACCAAUCACUCUCCAGUUUGUGUUAAAAUGCAGCAGUGCCUUUGCUUUGAAAGUGCCACUGGUCUAACUAGUACUGCUACGGUACUGAGCCAUGAGCAAUGCUGGCCCGGUACUGACCCGGGUCCAAUAUGAUGAUGCUGAGCAUUGCUGCUGUUGUCCUGGGACUGACAUAAGUACAGUACUGUGGUUGUAGAACUUGAGCCAAGACAGUACUGUGCUUCUCAGAGUUGCACACAAACAGUUGUGUGCUUCUGGAACUUGUACCAGUUCAACUGUGUGGAUAGAGGACUUGAACCUGUACAAUACUGGACCAGGGACUGGCACCCAGUACAGUACUGUGGUUGUGGGACUUAAACCAAUACAGUACUGUGGACCCAUUACUUAAACGCGUACCAUUUUUUGGACCCGGGACUGGCACCAAUACAACUGCGAUAACCUGAAAUGUUGCACAAGUACAAUGCACCUUCUGACCUCCUCUCUUCACUGCAGUGAUUGAAGUAGAUCAGGUCUUUCUCCUCGUAGCCCAUCGAGUAAAGCAAUCAAAGAGAAGACGAAAUCUAUUGGACUCAGGGAAUUAUGUUUUUUUUCUUUCCUUCUUUCUUUCUUGCUAUAUUUUUUGUGUUUUCGUAAAAGGAUCAUUAUUAUCUUGUAAAUAUGUCGCUUUGGGGCUUUUACUGCACUUGAAAAGAUAAAAGGGAAACCAUGUUUCCAGCUCAUUAUAUACAAUCAUACUUCACCACAUAGCUCAAGCAUGUGGAAUAUAUACAAUAAUUCAUCACAUGAAGUCCCCAUCACCUUGUACUUCCUCAAGGUACUGCAGAUACCUCAACAGUCAAUUCAGAUAAUCCAAAAUCCUGGAUACUCACAUAAUCUAAACUACCGGUAAUCCAAACAUAGACACGACCAUCACUAGCGUUUUUGCCCAAUCUGGAGCCCACACCACCCUCACACUCCCAGCAUUACAUCCAUGUCUGCCUUCUCCCAUGUUGCUUGCAUCUGUUGAUGAUGAAGACUGACAUUGUUGUAGCCAUAGUUCAGGUGUAACAGAAAGCCAGGUUCUCACUGGGUUUUAGUAGGCUGUUAUUAGGGGUAUACAAAGAAGCUGGUUCGGGAGUAAAGUUAAACCAGUUAAGAGGUAAAUUAUCUAAAUGAAAAGCCUGGAGAAAAGGUCCUCGCUGGAUUAUUGUGCCCUCUUUAUCAUAAUGGCCUUUCAAGGCUCUUCUGUGUUCUGCUUUUUGUUCCUAUUGUUUGUUUGUUUGUUUUUCCUCAUGUGACCAAAUUGUAACAGAUCAUUCCAUGCGCAUGUCAUGCAACAUAGACAUGGAUUCAAUAAUAAAAAGAAUAUUAAUCUA